GUGCAUCUCCGCCCUCUUCGCAGCUCCCCGCUUGCGGCCUCAACUCCGUCUUCUGCCAAGCGCGCAUUCUCUUUGGCUCUUUUCGUAUCUCCUGCUGUUUCUGGCGGUACAUGUAUCGACGCUGACUGCGUCUAUCUUGCUGUGCAUCGAUACUAUAGGUCGACACCGUUGCAAUUGCGUUUCAUUGCUGGCUGACUACUGCCGGUAUACCGGUCCUCACGUAUAUAUAUGGCCAGCCUCACUCCCCUCUUCCUCUCUCUGAGAUCACGUCUGUGUCUUCUCCAAGCUCCCUCUCCACUCUCCCACAGCCCACCAAGAAGGCUCUUCCAUCCAUCCCCCACCAUAAUGUCGAGUCUUUCGGUAGAUCUCACGGCCCCAAAUGGCCGCAAGUACACACAGCCCAUUGGUCUGUUCAUCAACAACGAGUUUGUUCCAUCCAAGUCGGGUGAGAAGCUUGCAUCGAUCAAUCCGAGGUAAGAUCAGAAAGAUAGAAGGGGACGAACGGGAGAGAGCUGACGAGCAUCCCACGUCAGUGAUGAAAAGGAAAUCACAUCUGUCUAUGCCGGUGGAGCUGAAGAUAUUGAUAUUGCCGUCAAGGCGGCCCGCAAGGCUCUAAAAUCCCCUUCCUGGAAACUGUUAUCCGGGACCGAACGUGCAGUUCUGAUGCACAAACUGGCCGACCUGGUUGAAGAACACAAAGAGAUUCUUGCUACCAUUGAAACCUGGGAUAAUGGCAAGCCGUACUCCGUUUCCUUGAACGAUGAUAUACCAGAAGUCACCAACCCCCUCAGAUAUUACGCUGGCUGGGCCGAUAAAAUCCACGGUCAAACCAUCAGCACCUCACACCUCAAAUUGGCUUACACCUUGCGCCAGCCCAUCGGUGUUGUUGGCCAGAUCAUUCCCUGGAACUACCCACUAGCAAUGGCUGCGUGGAAGCUGGGACCGGCGCUUGCAUGCGGAAACACCAUCGUUCUGAAACCUGCUGAACAGACCCCGCUCAGCAUCCUCUACCUUGCAAACCUCAUCAAGGAAGCUGGCUUCCCACCAGGUGUGAUCAACAUUGUCAAUGGUUACGGACGAGCUGCAGGAUCAGCCCUUGUCUCUCACCCAGAUGUUGACAAGGUUGCCUUCACUGGUUCAACUGCAACCGGCCGUGAGAUCAUGAAGUUGGCUGCGGGAACCUUGAAAAACAUCACAUUGGAAACGGGAGGAAAAUCGCCUCUUCUCGUCUUCAGUGAUGCCGAUCUUGUCCAGGCUGCCAAAUGGGCCCAUGUUGGCAUCAUGUACAACCAAGGCCAAGUUUGUACAGCCACGUCCCGCAUCCUCGUCCAUGAAUCUGUUCAUGACAAAUUCGUCGCCCUCUUCAAGGAGGAAGUCGCCAACACCAGCAAGGUCGGCGAUCCAUUCCAUGAUGAGACCUUCCAGGGCCCGCAGGUCACGAAAGCCCAAUAUGAGCGUGUGCUGUCUUAUAUUGACAGCGCCAAGUCUGAGGGUGCCACCCUCGUCACUGGAGGCGAAGCCUAUAAGAAUGUCGCCGGUGGAAAGGGAUUCUUCGUCGCCCCUACAACCUUCACCAACGUCAAGGACCACAUGCGCGUUUACAGGGAGGAAAUCUUCGGCCCAUUCGUCGUCAUUUCCUCUUUCUCCACUGAGGAGGAGGCCGUGACCCGUGCCAAUGACACCACGUACGGCCUGGGUGCGGCCCUAUUCACCCAGGACAUCGAGCGGGCUCACCGUGUAGCCGCUGAAAUCGAGGCCGGCAUGGUCUGGAUCAACAGCAGUAAUGAUAGUGACUUCCGUGUUCCCUUUGGCGGUGUCAAGCAGAGUGGUAUUGGUCGGGAAUUGGGAGAGGCGGGAUUGGAGGCCUACACACAAGUCAAGGCCGUUCAUGUUAACUUGGGGAGCAAGUUGUAGGCCUUUUUUCAGCAGGAAUUAUUUUCUUUUAGAAUAUAAAUAGUUAGGAAUGC